AUCCAAACCAGAGGCCUACCCUCUUCUUCUUCUUCUGCUUCUUUCCUCUGCCAGUCACUCUUUCUUUCAGUUUUAAACACACAAAAAACAAACUUAAAAAAAGAAGAAAAAAAACUAAAAAGGCUUUCCAAAAAAUUUUAACCAAAUUUAGUUUAUUUCUAUAUUAUCUCUUUAUUUUAAAUCCAAAAUCCUCUAUUUAUAUAUCAUUUAUCCACAAAAUUUUCAUCGUUCCUUUUUCAUAUUGUCUCCGAAAUUCAUCAACGAUUACUAUUUUAACUCUUUCUUCAAUCACUGAGUUCACAAUCCAUCCUUAACUGUUUAGAUAGAAGACAAAGGAAGCGUAAAGGAAAUAAAUAAAACCCAUUUUCUUUCUCAGUGAAAUUAAGCAGAAAACAAGAAGAAAAAGAAUGGUGGAAAUGUGCACAACACCGUGUGUUCUCAAUCCGUACUGUUAGGGUUGUUUUUAUUCAGAUUCAGUUACUGCUUCAAGAGCUCUCUUUAAUGGAUCUUAAAGUACGGUUCUUUAAAUAGUAAAUUCACUAUUUCUUGUUCUUGUUCUUGUGUUUUUCCAAUUUGGGUUUUAUCUUCUAUAUUGGUUUUUCUUAUGAACGCAUGAUUUUGAAUACUUAUUCUUUUGAAUUAUCAAUUUAUAUGGUGAGAUUUGGAUUGAGUUUUAUAUAGAAUAGGGAAAUACUGUUAUCUUUUUUCUUUUGUGGGUUUUUUGUUUCUUUCUUUUUAAGUUUUAUGCUAUUGGGUAGUUAUGGUGUCUGCAAAUGACCCAAUGGAACCGUUUCUUAAUUCAAUUCAAGUGGUGAAAGAUGCACUUUCACCACUUGAACUUGGGAUUCGAAAAGCUGCUAAAGAUCUUGAGAAUUGUUGGGGAGUUUCCAAGAAAAAUAGGGCUAGUAAUAUUGAAUUGAAUUCUACUGAUAAUGGGAACAAUACUUCGAAGGUUCAGAUCUGUGCUUUAAAAAAGAGGAAUUUUAAUGGCAAUAAUCGGAAAUCAGUGGCGGUUGAAGAGAGAAAGAAAGGUUUAUCCAUUAAGGUUCCAAUUAAAACGUUCUUAGGCAUGUUUUCAUUGAACUUGGAAAAUGGGUGUAGUAAGAAUAAUGGAAAUAGGGUUGAGGUGGCAAAGAAUGGGUUGAAAGACAGGGAAAUGGGGAAUGAAGAUGGUUCUUGCACGAAUUGUUUGCAGUUUGCAGUGACUUGGUCCUUGUUAGUUAGCAGCUUUGCUCAGGCAUUUCCUAGCCCUUUCAAAACGAGCAAGAAGCGAUUUCAGAAGGUAGGUGAAGACAAUAAAGAUCGUUUGCAUUUGUGCAAACAGGUCUCAAAAGCAAAGGUUUCGCCUGAAUUCAAGCAAAAAGAUUUGCAGGGUCAAGUUAAAGCAGUUCAAGAUGACAGUGGGAAUGAUCAAGAAGGGAAACAUGUAUCACUUGAGUGUUUUAUAGGUUUUAUUUUUGAUCAAUUGGCACAUAAUCUACAGAAACUUGAUCAGAAUUUGCAGCAAAUGGAUUGCAAAGAUUAUGACUAUGAAUGUUCAACUCCGCCCCCAGCGUCUUCCCAUUUUGAUCAUUUGAGGACAGUCAUGAGUAUUUGGGAAAGUCGUAAGGUGGACGUAAAUGGAUUUUUGGGAAAUUUGAAGUUUGCUAGAGUAGGAGGUGUACCAUCAAGUAUAGUUGGUGUAUCUUCUUCAGUCAAUGAAGAGGGUGAUGAUGGUAUCAGUGCUGGAUGUGGGGAGGAAACAGGAGGUAGUUCAGCACAGAAGCUGGCAAGUGGAUUACUAAGUAUUCCCCUAUCAAAUGUAGAGCGUUUGAGAUCUACUUUAUCUACUGUUUCACUGUCGGAGCUAAUUGAGCUUGUGCCACAGCUGGGGCGAUCUUCCAAAGACUAUCCUGACAAGAAGAAGCUGAUCUCUGUACAGGAUUUCUUUAGAUACACAGAAUCGGAAGGAAGGAGGUUCUUUGAGGAACUGGACAGAGAUGGUGAUGGUCAAGUAACUUUGGAAGAUCUUGAAAUUGCAAUGAGAAAAAGGAAGUUGCCAUCAAGAUAUGCUCGGGAAUUCAUGCAACGUACUAGAAGUCACUUAUUUUCAAAAUCAUUUGGGUGGAAGCAGUUUCUGUCCUUGAUGGAACAGAAAGAAUCAACCAUUCUUCGUGCUUAUACAUCCCUCUGUUUGAGCAAGUCUGGGACUCUGAAAAAGAGUGAAAUAUUGGCGUCACUAAAAAAUGCUGGACUUCCAGCAAAUGAAGACAAUGCUAUGGCUAUGAUGCGAUUUCUGAAUGCUGACACGGAAGAGUCUAUUUCUUACGGUCAUUUCCGGAAUUUUAUGCUUCUGCUGCCUUCUGAUCGACUUCAAGAUGAUCCUAGGAGCAUAUGGUUUGAAGCUGCAACUGUUGUUGCUGUUGCACCGCCGGUGGAGAUACCUGCUGGAAGCGUUCUAAGAUCUGCAUUAGCUGGAGGCCUAUCAUGUGCACUCUCCUGUUCUCUAAUGCAUCCCGUUGACACAAUAAAGACUCGGGUGCAAGCAUCAACGCUUACGUUCCCAGAGAUCAUUUCAAAGCUUCCAGAAAUUGGAGUUAAGGGAUUAUACAGGGGUUCAAUCCCUGCCAUUCUUGGACAGUUUUCAAGCCAUGGCCUGCGAACUGGCAUAUUUGAAGCUAGCAAACUUCUUCUAAUAAAUGUUGCUCCAACACUCCCAGAAUUGCAGGUUCAAUCUAUAUCAUCAUUCUGCAGCACAUUCUUGGGGACAGCAGUCCGGAUCCCUUGUGAGGUGUUGAAGCAGCGCUUGCAGGCAGGCCUUUUUGACAAUGUAGGGCAGGCUAUUAUUGGUACAUGGCAACAAGAUGGUCUGAAGGGGUUUUUUCGUGGGACAGGCGCCACACUAUGCCGUGAGGUUCCCUUUUAUGUCGCUGGCAUGGGCCUAUAUGCUGAGUCCAAAAAGUUUGCUCAGCAACUAUUGAGACGGGAGCUAGAACCGUGGGAAACAAUUUUUGUUGGGGCCUUAUCUGGAGGGCUAGCUGCUGUUGUCACUACCCCUUUUGAUGUGAUGAAAACAAGAAUGAUGACUGCACAGGGAAGAUCGUUACCCAUGUCAAUGGUGGCUUUCUCUAUACUUCGCCACGAGGGUCCCCUUGGCCUAUUUAAAGGAGCAGUACCUAGGUUUUUCUGGAUUGCUCCAUUAGGUGCUAUGAACUUUGCUGGUUAUGAGCUAGCAAGGAAGGCAAUGGACAAACACGAGGAAUCUACAAGUGAUCAGCCGUCUCAGAAAAAGUUGACUAGUUCUGGAUAGACUUUGCGGAACUUAAUACAUUAUCCACCGGAGCCUCUAGGUUUUUUGUUUUGUUAAUGCCGCUGGAAAAUUUUAUGCUUUUUUUUUUCCUGAGAUUUCAGCAGCAUAUGCAUCAGAUAUCAUCUGCCGACAAGUCUUUUUUCUUUUUGUCUAAAUACUGUAUUUUUCAGCCACAGCUUGUUUCAGAAUUUCAUGGUCUGUUAGUGAUGGCUGCUCAAUUUUCUUUUUCUUUCAUCUGGCUUAAUUUUGUCCUGCUUCAUUUUUGUACAUUUGAUGUGCAGUAAAUUUUGUUCUUCUGUUAA